AUGUCGCAACCUCCACCAGCUCCAGGUCCUCGCGAUGAAGAUCCUCCGACAUGGCCCUUACCUCCCCGCCGCAGUCACACCUUUCCAGAGCAGCCGCAUCAACAACAACAACAACAACAACAACAAAAAACCUUCGAUGAUUCAUCCCAACCAGCACGGGCGCCAUCAUGGCCCCGGGAAGCACCUCAGCCAGCAUACCCCCAAUCGUCCGGAUACAACCCUUACAUGAUGCCCUAUUCAGUCCCGUACUAUCCCAUUCAUCAGCCUCCAGUCGUUUAUCCUCCACCAUCUGUCCCUACCGGAGCAACCCGCGCAGCCCAUCAAGUCCAUUUCGAGCCGUAUAACGAGUACAUCCAGCCAGGCCAGCAGAGACCACCCGUACCUUUAGUCGCUCCCUAUGACACUUGGGUAACACCACCAGGCGGCUAUUACGGACCGGGAGACACCCUCUCUCGGCCCAUCCAUCAGCCCGUGAGAAGAAACAUCAGACGCUCAGCAUCACCGACACCUGCGUCUUCUCCAAGUAGACGCAAAAACAAGCGUCGACACAAGACCGUCAAGUUCGAGCAGGACAGCGACGACGACAUCCUCCAUCAUGUCGAGGAGUACCCCCCACCGCAACAGUCACAUGCUCCUUCUGCAGAGGCCUUGUCUCCUGGCGCAGAAGACGACGACUCGGAUGGGGAUCGAAGCGACGAGUUACGAUCCAACUCUACUGUGGAGAGUACCUACAGGCCUACGCGAGGAGCCUCUACUGUCAGAAGCUACGGGUCUUCAAGAUUCAGGGCUACGCCAGCUCUAGUAACCGAAGAGUCUGGGUCGUCUGCCUACUCCUUCGCUGCUUCAUUCCGGGCAGCAAGGACGGCAUCGGUUGGGGGUUCAGCAGACGGGGAGCAGAGCGAGGACCCGGAUGCGACGCCGAGCCAACCAUCGCCAAAAGACGAUCAGAGUUCCGAAGUCGCCCACAUUCUUGCUUCGUCCUAUACUGGCAAAGGAUACACAGCUGCGGAAGGCCACCACUCAGCAGACUUGCUGAUAGCCGCAAACCCAGCCCAGCUACGGCACCUUCAGCCACUGUAUCGUUGGAUGCAUCUUACUCGACCAUCAAUGUCCCUGGAAGACCUUUCUACCCAGAUCGCGCGCCUCUCCGUCCUGACGGGCAUCGAAAGGAAGGCUGUCAAUGAUAUGCUCCUCCGUCUCAAACAGUCGUCCGUCAAGUUUAUUCAGACUUCAACAGGGAAGCCGGUACAGCACAUGGAACCGGGCUGUCUCGACUAUGUCCUACCUCAUGACAGUGGUGUCGGAGGGCAAAGUCGAACUACCAGAAGUGUAACCUGGAUUUGUCUGCCAUACUUCAGCCUCGAGCCAUACUCUGGCCUUCUCUCCGGCGCCGGAAACUCAUCAGCAUUUCCGACCCAGACCUUGUUACAGGCACAAUUUUCUCGGACUGCCAAAGAACGCGACAUGCAACAAGCAGUGCGACAAGUUGCUCAGGCCGGCCCAGGCCUCUGUUUUCACAUUUCGCAGCUUUGGUGCAUCAUCAUCAACAACUCAUUUGUGAUCACGUACGGCAGAAUGUCCGAAGAUGUUCUAUACGGCGACUCGAUUACGAAGUCAGUCAAGUCUCUGAGUAAUCUCUCUGAGCAGCAAUCCCAGCAAAAGUUCUGGGUCCGGUUCGGGGGUAAUGUUAUGUGGACUUUGCCGGUAAAGGAUUGCCAAACAUGGUUUGACUUCAUUUCCCAUUUCUGGGAGUUCUGGCAUCUGCCUCUGAGCUUCUACCGCAACAAGCGUGUGAUCUGCCCGGAGGAUUGGCCCAAGAUCUGGACAUCAGCAAGUCAGAAACACUCACACACGAUCUCAUUUGAUCUCGAGCUUGGGGCGACGCCUAAGCUUCCGACACCAGGGCGACUCGUGCCAAUUCAGCCCCAAGCCAAACAGACCGAAGGGACUACAAUAGAAGAGCCCAAAGAUAGCGAGGGGACCAACGCCAAGCAAGAAACCCAGGAUGAGAAGGCACGGAAAGCGAAAUACGUACGGCCUCCUACAAAGACAACAACGUCCGGGUCUCCAAAAAUCUCGCAGCCACCCCCGAGUUCCUCUUUUGCACUUUUCACGUGCCUCGACGACGUUUCGAUGGCCCAAAACGAUACGAUUGACGAAGCCAAAUUCGAAGAGCGCCUCCACGAGAUAGAAACAAUCCUGUUGCACGAGACAAGCGUCAGCGACCAACGGGCAUAUAAACGCUGCCCAAGCGCCAGCCGACUCUCAAUUUAUCAUAUGCUUAAACAGGAGGAGCUAGAGAUCGUCCACCCUGAAAGGAGAAUACGCUCAUCCAACCCGCAGGACUACGAAAUACGAGCCGACAUAUUCAACUUGGCCGACAUGAUUUUCAAAUUCUUUUUUCCCGUCACAACUGAAACCUCAAUGGCGGCCAAGUUUUGGGGUGCCGUGAAGGACCAAGUUAAGCAGCACGAUGACGAGGGCGUGGCCGACGAUCGAUACCAGCUACGAGCUGUGCUCAAAGAGCUUGCCGUCAUGAUACUCUACUUUACGGAAACGUUCAUGCAUGCGCAACAUUCGGAUCGUGUCCAAAUCCAUGUGCCUGACCAACUAAUUGAUGGCUGGCUCCAUCUUCUUCUGGGCCUUUCUUACAUGUCAACGGAUCCGGAGAGAGCAUCCACCUUCCUGGAUCUCCAUACAAAACCUCUUAUCAGCCAAGGACUCAACGCCAUUGUCAAAGACAUGGCUAAGAAGCCUCUGCUGGAGAAUUCCGUCGUUCUUCCCCAAGAGCUAGUCUCCUUAAUAAGCAUGAAGCUUCUCACAGACGUUACCCCCGGUCUGCCGAAUAUCAGCCAGACAUAUUCGGCGUAUUUGAGUGCCAUUGAAUCAGACAUCACCGGCAAGCAGUCUGACCGAUCACACGAACAGCGCCUCGACCUUCUUGACCAAGAACUAUUGGUAGUACAGAAGACUGUCAGGUCGCAACGCGACAUCUUCGAGCGUCUGGAACGAUACAGCCAACAGUCUGCCUACAGAAUGCCAGCAGCGGCCCGUUCGCGGGCGGCACCCAUACAAGGCCCAUCACACCCGGUAUACUACUCAGGAGCACCGAGAGGGGCUCAGUCGGUCCCACAUAUGCAUAGGCAGUACAAUCAUUACGAACAACCACAAGUGAGGUCGGCGCACGGCUAUGGGCAACAGGGACAAGGACAGUACUACGAGCCUCCACCUUUCUACGACGAAGAGGUUACCGGCUCGAUGGCAGUGGAAUCGAAGCAGCUCUCUGCACGAGAUCCAGGUGGCUUCCGUCAACUAUUCCUCAACGAGUGUAUCCUGCAACUUGACCAGCGCGAGCGGGAGUUUGAGGAGUACGAGCUUCACUCCAAACAGCUGAGGGUUAUGAAUCGUAACAAAGUGGACAUCAAGAAGGACCGCCAAGAACGUCUCAUAUACGCCUUCACGGUAGUCACCAUCAUCUUUCUGCCUCUCUCGGCCGUCUCAAGCAUCUUCGGCAUGAACACCAGUGACAUCCGCGACAUGGAAGUAGGGCAGUGGGCUUACUGGGCCGUUGCCAUUCCUGUCACUGCCGCCGUUCUCUUCCUCGGCUUCCUUUUCACCGGCGAUCUUGGAGCAGUCUUCCGUUGGGUAUCCAGGAUUAGUGGAAGUGGCAUGUCGUCUUUGCCAGGAUCCGGCUUUCAGGGCAAGCUUCCUUCACUGAGGCCUGGUACAGAGAAGUGGUGGAUUGAUAAGCCAGGUCAGAUGGCCUUGGGGAGCGGUCCAGAAGAAAAAGAUUAUGGAGAACCGGAGAUAGAGUAUGUGGUGCCGAGAAGGUCUGAGAGUCUGAGGCGAAGGUCACAUACUUUCUACGAGAAUGGGGAUUAUUCAGGUGCCUACACAAGGUAUGGAAGGGGAGAGAUGACUGGGCCAGGCCAACGGGGAGAGAAAUGGGGCUUGCCGUAUUGA